AUGGCUUAUUUGCAGAAAAAAUGUAUUGUUCUCAUGGCACGUCAGCCAAGUGCUCGACUAUUUUCUACCUCCGGGGUACUCAAUGGGACGGUGAAAACGAAGUUACACCAUGCAGUCAAAUCAUAUGAUGAUUAUGGAUUGACCAAGAAGGAAUACAUGAUUAAGGAAGAGAAAGAAAAGAAAAAAGCGCUUAAAACCCGUAUGAAGCCUCUAAAUCCACAAAAAUACAAUCAAAUCAUGGAGUCCAGCGGCGUUAGUGAUCCAGAUUCUCAGCUAGACCUGACAAUUCCAGUACUCAGGCAAUCGAGCCAUAGAAUGUUGUAUAAUUUCCUUGGAACCAGCGGUAACCAAAUUCAGGACUCUUAUGUGGUGGCGGAAGAUGUUUUAAAGUUUUUGAAAACCGGAGCCGAUGUCAAGGCACUCUUGCUUUGUAAGUUGGCCAAAGGUAAUGGGGUAGUUGGGAUGAAUCAUAUCUUAGAGUACUAUACAAAUCGCCAACAUUUAUCGGUUGCCAUCAAAUCGAUGAAUUACAGAAAAAAAUGGAAUAUUCCAUGCAAUGAGCAGACAUUUACCAUUCUUUUUCGAGGAUGUGCUGAUUCGAAACGGCCAUUGUCUAGGACUACUUCUGAUAAAAUUUACGAAAUUUAUCAAAAUCUUCAAAAAAAUUAUAGAGAAAGGGCAAAGGAUAAUGAUAAGGAAACAAUAGAGUUAUCCGAGUAUCAUAUCAACACUGUUUUGAAGGCAUUGAAUAAUUGCAGCUCAAACAAUAAUGCUUGGGAUAUUUUCGAGUCAUUGCCAUCAUCAGGCCCACACUCGGCUAGUAAUAUCACGUUUAGUAUUAUGUUUGAAGGUACAAGGAAUAUAGGAAAACAAGAGGAAAAAAAUCAAAAAGUAAAUCGAAUGCUUGAUUUGAUCGUCAAUAAAUAUUUGGAAUCUCUUGACUUGGGUGGAAAUGCCAUACGAUUCAAAAUUGACACAAAGUUAUUGAGUGCUAUGGUCGGAGCAGUUUCUAGAACAGAUGAUAUUGUGGUACAGUUGAAAGCGCUCAAGGUCAUUCAACAUUUUGUUUCGCUUGGGAAGUACCAAUUUGAGGAAAUUUUGCCCUUUGAAAAACUUACUGUUGAGGAAGGAUCUAGCCUUGACAGAUUAUUGCAGAAUCCCAAGAGUUCAAAACUAAUUCCAACACGGAAACUAUUAACCCUUAUAUUGGUUUUAUCCAGAUCCAUGGAAACUGUGGAUUGGAAUACCGUUUUCGACAGAAUUAUAAGCGUUAACCCUCUUGCUAUGGACCGUGUUCUUCUAAGCACAUGGAUUACCUAUAAGAAAACGGAAUUGGAGCCUCUUACCAUGGCUAAUGAUUUAAAAGACGAACUUCUCAAGCUCCGUCGUGAUCUAGCCAAAUAUUUGGGAGAACAUGAUGAAAGAACUGUGGAAUUCCUUCAUGAUUUGUUCAUUGGAAAGGACAGCUUUGCCUUGACUAAUGUGUGCGAAGCUUAUAAUGAACAGGCUUUGGCAACCAAAGAAAUCUAUAGUGAUGCAUUAAUUCCAGAAGAAGAAGAAGAGAAGAGAGCCUUUUUGGAAAAGAAGUAUUACAGUAAUAGAGCUUUGUUCAAUUCUAUCCUGGAGUUACUAGAAAACAAACUCGCAUUCUCUGGUAUUGAUCCAUCACAGGAUAUGAAGUGGUUUAAAAAGUAUUUAUUUACUUUAUACAACGUCGAGCUCAAUGAGAGAGAAAGCAAGUUAGUUAUGAAGAAGUAUCUAAGAUUCAUUAAUACUGUGGAUCUUGAUCGUGAUUGUAUUGAAGGCCACCAAAUUUCUCCUAUAAAAUUAGAUACCCUCAAACUUAUAUUCGUGUACAUGUCCAGAGUGUGCCAAGAUUUAGUUGACUUUAUUAAGGCUGAUCGUGAGUCAAGGAGACCAAGAAGUGUUUGGAGAAACAUUGGACGUAAAACGGAAGGUCGGAUAUUCUUCACCCAUAAAAAGCUCCUUGUUGAUUAUGUUAAAUUGAUAGGUACCAUGCAAAGACGUCGUGACUGA